GAAGGGUGUGCCGAAUGUGUGGAUGUACCCAAUGCCUGUGUCUGCCCAGUGCAAGUACAUGGCCGGUCCGCACUAGGACGUCUAUGAGAUGGACAUGAUGAUGAUGCUGCGUGUCUUUCCGGAUCGUGCUCCCUCCUCCCAAGCUUAUUUGCGUAGCCAUCGCCAACUUCACCUUCUCCCUCUUCUUCUCUUUCUUCCUCCUUCUGCUUCUCCGCCUAUCUCCUAUCUCCCCUUUCUCCCUUUCCCCUCUCCUCCCGCUGUUCUUGUAUUUUCCUGACCUUCCCUCCCCCGACCUCUGCCGGAUCGCCCGAACCUCUAAUUGGGAGGCAGAGAGCACAGCAGUUGUAACGAGACUAAAAACUGCUGAUCGGAGCCGUCUGCUCUAGCUUCUUCGCCCACUCGCCCUUACGUCUUGCUAUCCGCCAGGCAUCGCACCCUACUAAUGAGCACCUAAUAGUCCCCAGUCAUCGACCGUUCGGGACGACCUAAGUAUCUUGCUAGCAAUCUAGCCUUCGACACCAGCCACCCAGCCACGCACAAAAAGGGGGGGGGAGAAGAGAGCAGCACACGUCCAUUUGACGUAGUCCAAUUCUUUAACCCGCCUUCCCUGCUCGCCCGCGGCCCCCUCUUCGAUGAUUGUGUGUGCCGUAUAACCCCUCGCCAACUAUCCUCCCCUCUUGCGCGUUUGAGCUGCUCUAGCAGCACCGACACUUCCUCCCCGGCAGUAAUCAUGGCUACGGCACGAGAGGCCAGCGAGCUGAAGCAGCAGGGGGCGCUCGAAGCCUCCCGCGAUCCCGGAUCGGAAGUUACUGCCGACGAUGCCCAGAAGAAAUUGGUUGAGGAGAGCCAAAAUGCGGGCGUGACUGCUUUCACCUUCGACCCGGAUGCGAGUCCGGAGGAGAAGAGGGCUCAGGCCAGGGCGGCCAUCCCGAAUGAUCUCCGCCGCUCACGAAAGCCGAAAGGUAUCGCUCUAGCUACGGAUGUCGACGACGGUAGCCAGGUCAACUACGACCUGCCCACCCCUUCGAAAGCUGGCGCUAUUGAAAACCCCAAAGACAAGGACGGCAGACCGAUUACAGAUGGCAACACCGCUGAGGAGGAGGAGGACCUGGCUGCCUUGGUCGGAUGGACGCAGCGGUUUGGCUGGCCUGUCGACAGCGUAACCGAAGGCGAGAGCUUGUUGGACCAUUCUACUUGGGUUGAGGAGAAUCUUGCCGAUACUCUUUUCGGAGAGUGGUAUCACAACGCCGCGGUAAUAAUCUUUGCUUGCCUCUCGUCAUGGCUUGUUGCGGUGCUGGGGGGUGGUUUGGGCUGGGUCAUCCUCAUCAUGGCCGCUUGCUCUACGUACUACCGCACAUCGAUUAGACGAGUCCGGCGGAACUUCCGCGACGACAUAACCCGAGAAAUGGCGCUGAAGAAAUUGGACCACGACCACGAAUCCAUUGAGUGGAUCAAUUCGUUCUUGGUUAAAUUCUGGCCCAUCUACCAGCCAGUUCUUGCCCAAACCAUCGUCAAUUCCGUCGACCAAGUUUUGAGCUCUGCGACUCCUUCUUUUCUAGACAGCUUGCGGCUGAAGACGUUCACCCUCGGGUCCAAACCCCCCAGGAUGGACCACGUCAAAACGUAUCCCAAGGCUGAAGACGACACCGUCAUCAUGGAUUGGACGUUCAGCUUCACCCCUAACGACACGGCAGACAUGACGAAGCACCAGAUCAAGAACAAGAUUAAUCCCAAAGUCGUUCUUGAAAUCCGUAUUGGCAAAGCCAUGGUUAGCAAAGGCCUCGAUGUCAUCGUGGAGGACAUGGCUUUCUCCGGAACCAUGCGCCUCAAGAUGAAGCUCCAAUUCCCCUUCCCCCAUAUCGAGAAAAUAGAAAUGUGCUUCCUCGACCGCCCGAAGAUCGACUAUGUCUGUAAGCCCCUGGGUGGAGAAACCUUUGGUUUUGAUAUCAACUUCAUCCCGGGUUUGGAAAGCUUCAUUCAGGAGCAGAUCCACGGAAACCUUGCCCCGAUGAUGUAUGCUCCGAACGUCUUCCCUAUCGAAGUAGCCAAGAUGCUUGCCGGAAAUCCAGUUGACCAAGCCAUCGGCGUGAUCGCCAUCACGCUCCACGGCGCUCAAGGGCUCAAGAACCCCGACAACUUCGCCGGUAACCCCGAUCCGUAUACCGUGGUCACCUUGAAUAAGCGUGCCCCGCUCGCCCAGACUAAAGUUGUCAAGGACACGACGAGUCCCAGGUGGAAUGAGACACACUAUGUCAUUAUUACCUCGUUCAACGAUUCACUCGACCUUAUUAUAUACGACUACAACGAUUUCCGCAAGGACAAGGAGCUCGGCAUCGCAUCAUUCCCGCUCGAAAGGGUGGAGGAGAUAAACGUGUACGAGAACGAACGCAUGGAGGUCAUCGCCAAUGGCAAGGCUCGAGGCGUGAUUAACGCUGACAUUCGCUUCUUCCCCGUCCUAGAGGCGACAGAAGUUGACGGCAAAAUGGAACCUCCACCCGAAACAAAUACGGGUAUUUUGCGUUAUACGGUCGAGUCGGCCAAGGAUCUUGACGGCAGCAAGAGUUUGAUCGGCUCACUCAAUCCGUACGCUGUUUUGCUGCUCAACGGAAAGGAAGUCCACCAGACCAAGAGGCUCAAGCGGACAAACAAUCCGAUUUGGGAUAACGGGUCCAAGGAAAUUCUCAUUACCGACCGGAAGAAUGCCAGGUUGGGACUUGCUAUCAAAGAUGACCGCGAAAUCGCUGGUGAUCAACUGGUAGGCACGUACCAGAUCAAGCUCAAUGACAUACUCGAGAUGAUGGAGAAGGGCCAGGACUGGUACAAUCUAUCUGGCGUGAAGACCGGGCGAGCGAAACUUACUGCUCAGUGGAAGCCGGUUGCUCUGUCCGGUGUUCUAGCCGGCACCGGAGGCUACCAGACCCCCAUCGGCGUCAUGCGUCUCCACUUCAAGAGUGCUCACGAUCUCAGGAAUUUCGAAACCAUGGGCAAAUCAGACCCCUACGUCCGCGUGCUUUUGUCCGGUAUCGAGAAGGGUCGAACGGUAACCCACCGGAACACGUUGAACCCCGAAUGGGACGAAGUCAUCUACGUACCGAUGCACUCGACUAGGGACCGCCUCACGCUCGACGUCAUGGACGCCGAGAAGAUGGGCAAAGAUCGUAGCUUAGGUCAAGUCGAGGUUUUCGCCGGCGAAUACAUCACGCAAGACGAAACUGGCGAAUAUCUUGUCAACGACACAAAGAGGGUACACGAAGGGGCCCUCCGGUUGCACGGGAAGGGUAUCGCGAAGGGCACACUUACCUAUACUGUUUCGUUUUUCCCAUGUCUCAACGUCGCUGAUCCCGAGGAGGAGGAAGAGAAGGAGGAGGAAACGGCGAAAGACAAGGACGCGACUUCGGAGGCCCCCAGGCAGUCGCUAGAUGUUCCUCGAUCAGCGGGGGCUGGGAAGAUUUCGACGCUGGAGAGGAAGGAGACCAGCAGAGACCCGACUACGCCAACUACGCCAACCGUGCCGAAGUCGCCCGUUUCUCCUGUAUCGACAACCUCGGAGCGAAAAUCUCGCGAAGCACCGAGAGAACCUCCCAAGGUUCAUCUUACCCCCCAGGAAUUGCUCAAGCACGAAUCCGGGUUCCUCAUUUUCAAGCUGCUUGAAGGUGAGAUGCCGAAGAGCGGGACACAUCUCGAGAUAUCUGUCGACGACAUGCUGUAUCCCUCCUACAUCUCCGGCACAGCCAAAAAUAAGGUGUUCAAAUUUGACGAGAUUGGAGACUGCUUCAUUCGCGAACUGGACUUCUCGCGAUUGACCCUCAAGGUGAGGGAGAAGCGUGAAAAGCCGGGCGAAGAGCGUGACGAGGACCAUACUGUGGCUCGCUUGACGGGGAACACGUUAGAUACUCUGAAACAAUGCUUGAACAACCCAACUAUUUUGAGGCUCAAAGAUGAAGACAACAGAACGGCGACGAUAAAGGUCAGCUUGAAGUACAUCCCUGUCAAAAUGCGUCUAGAUCCCAGCGAGAGCAUCAACAACAUGGGAAAUCUCCGCGUCGAUGUGAUAAGCGCCACCGAUCUGCCUGCCGCCGACUCGAACGGAAAAAGCGACCCCUAUUGCAAAUUUGAGCUUAAUGGGCAAGACGUGUUCAAGACCAAGACACAGAAGAAGACUCUCAACCCCUCAUGGAAUGAAUUCUUCGAAGUCGCUGUACCAUCACGGACCGCAGCAAAGUUCGUCUGCAAGGUCUACGAUUAUGAUUUCGCGGACAAGCCCGACUUCCUAGGUGGCACCGAUAUAAAUCUUGAGCAGCUCGACCCGUUUAAGGCUAAGGAGCUUAACCUACUCCUAGACGGCAAGUCUGGUUCCAUCAAGCUUCGACUUCUGUUCCGGCCGGAUUACAUCACACGCGUCCGACUAGGCACCAGCACGUUCUCGGGCACCUUCGGCGGCCCCGGCAAAAUUGUGACCGGCGUUGUCGGUGCUCCCGUUAAAGGUGGCGUAGCGGUUGCCGGUGUUGUCGGUCACGGGGUCGGCAAAGGUGCUAGUUUUAUCAAACGUGUAACUCGAGGCAAGAAGGAAGAGGAAAGCAACGGUUUGGCCCCGAGCUCCAGCAUCUCCGAAGUUCCCACAAUCGUAACGGACGGUCCGGAUGCACCCACACUCGGAAUGGGCCUCAAGCGGUCUACGGGACUAACCACCGACGGAGAUUCCGCUCGCCCUGUCACGCCUAAUGGGGGAGCCAAGCAUCACGUACGCAAUCCCAGUAUGGGUGGGGCAUCUAUCCACAGUUUAGCCCCAGGCAGUGCCGGCUCUGGGACUGCCACCUUUACCGUAGUGUCCGCAUCGGGGUAUCCUCCGUCAUCAGACGUCUAUGUCCUAAUCAAACAGCUUACGCCCAAGGAGAAGACCAUCGGCAAGACUAAGCACCGUCAAGUCUCGGAAGGGGUUCGAUUCGACGAAUCAUUCAAGCUUACCUGUACGGCCGAUACACAGUUCCGUAUCGAGGUCAAGGAUCACCACACAUUUGGUAGCGACGACGACCUGGGCGAAACGUUGUACUUCGUAGACGAGACUGGUGGUGGCGAAAAGGAGAUCAAGGUCGGCGCAGGGACGGUGGUGCUCAAGAGUUCAUUUGUGGAAGCGAACUCGGAGAGCCCUCGAAGCAGCUUGCGGAGGAGCUUUCUAAGCAAGAAGGACGCAAAGCCAACUCGCGAGGGAACCCCCUGAGUUGCAAAACAAAAUGGGUUUGGAUGCCGGGCGCUUGGGGGGGGGAAGGGGG